AUGGCCAAAGGAAAGAGCAGCCAACCAACAACGACCCAGCGGAGGACAUCAACGAGACUCGCCCAGAAGAAUGGCCCAAACUGCCAGCCCAGCGAACCCCUGCUAGCAGAACUGCCGGCAAAGAAGAAAACAAGCAAGACCCAGAGAGCCGCCCCACCCCAGAAAAAGGCCAUCCCCAAGCACACAAACAGCCCCCCAGCACAGAUGGAUCCAGCCACACAUCACCCGGACUCGAACUGCCAGACCAGCCGAAACUGGGAACAGAGCGAGAGCGGCCCCCAGGGCGGAGAUCCCCACUUGCUGGCGGCCACCACAAACGAAACGAACUCGCUCUCAGAAAUCACCAACCAGCUAGAGACCAGCAACACGAACCAGGCCCCAGAAAUCAACAAUCAUCAGAGCAUGGCCACCAAUUCUCACCAUGGAAAUAGUCAUCUGCAGCAAGAGCGCCACCACCCAACAGAGCUUAACCCUGCGAUGGACCUGACCAGCAAUGCGCAAGUCGCUAAUCAGCACCCAGCAGAAAUCGCUGGCCAGAAAGAUGUGCAAGCAAACGGUGUGCAGGGGCACGUAGCUGGAAGUGUCGAUCAAUCAGACCCCCACGGCCAAUCAGUUUCAAACGGGAUAGUCGAUACCAAUCGGACGGACACUCGGCCGGAGGAUAAUACCCACGCAGGUCCCAAGGAGACGCACAUCGAUCAACAAGUCAAUACCAAUAAUGCCCCGGAAGCCGAGACGACCCGCGCACCCUUCUCGCCCUCGCCCAGUCCGAUCCCCCAACGGCGUGCCAAACGACCAGCCCCACGGCCAUCAUCACCCUCACCAGCGCUGCCAGCACCCGCGACGCCGCCCCACAAGCGGGCCAACUUUUCACCCGAGUCCUCGGCCAGUCCGAUCCCCGUCAGACGCUCCCUCACCCGCCGGCCGGCCUCCAUCGUCCCUGGGCCCAGCCGACCGGCCUCCCGACCCGCCUCGCCACCCGACCAUCACCCUAGCCAGUCCCCCUCCAAACGCUCCAGGCAGUCUUCCCGCUUGCCCUCCACUGCCCUCAACUCCCCCCACCUCCAUCCCAAACCGGAGAUCGGAGCCUCGCCAUCUGCUUCUCAGGGCCACCCCUCUAGACCUCCCAGCCAAGACAAACCCAAAACGGCUGCGAAACCUGCUUCCACCGCGCCUCCCCCUCCUAAACCGACUCGGAGACCUCAACGCCCAAUCAAAAGAGUCUCUACCCAACCUGCGAACGAUCCGAAUCCGGAGGAUGAUUUUUUCAACUUGUCGAACCGUAAACAGAUCCACUUCGUCUCGAAAACGCUCGGCUUGAACACGGCUUCUCCAGCACCCAGCAAUCCAUCGACAUCGAAAUCGCCGACCCGGGCUAGCGUCGACCCACCGCAAAAGAACGUCAACCUCGUCGACCUCAGUGGCGACGAAAACUCGGACGAGGUCGAUCCUGACAGCGACGAUAUGUCUGAAGAAGAUAAAAAGGCUAAGAAGAAUAAUUCUUCGCGUGCCCUCCCCGAUUGGACUAAAGCUCCCAAAAUCCUUCCACUCGACAGCUCAUCGGAUGAAGAAAUUGAAGGCUCAGGCCAUCCGAACGGGAACGGAAAACAAGCGCAACAUCGGUCUGGCCAGAAGCCAGGAAAAGGGGGGAAGCAGGCAGACACGAGUGUGCCGGAGCCCGCGAAAUCGAGAUCGCCCACACCGCCGCCGCAGCAGGACGAAGAGGCGAUGCGAAAGGCGAUGAAAUCGCUGUACAAGACUCUCACCCAUCAAGACCACGUCUCAUCGCUCCAGAAGCAGACCUUAGAGGCCGCCCGAAAGCUCGAAGAGGCCCGGUUGAUCCAAACCUUGAACGGAUUGGACGAUCCGAUGGUCCCCGCUACUUACACUACCGUCGUUGCGCGUAACCAGAACCGCCCCCAAGGCUCGAAUCAGCCCGCUAAUCGUAGCCUUGGUGCUAUGAUCACCCUGACUAUCAAUAUGGUGAUGGACCCCCGGGUCGCUGCCAACGCAACUCAACAGGCCAAGGACCAUUUCGAACGGCCGACCACUUUCAACAUGCAAUCGGGAGAAAAGUUCGACGUCAUCUAUCAGAGGUUCCACGAGCUCACCGGCCUGCCCGCCCACCAAUUGGUCGUCUCUUAUGACCACAUCAAACUCUCACCCUUCGUGACCCCCGAAUCGGUCAGGAUAUACGGAAAUACGGCUCUAAAAGUGUACGAGAGCAGCGCGUGGGAAUAUGUGACCUCUUUACGACGACAACGUGCUCAUAUACCCAGUCAACCAAACGAAGAGGAGCUCCUACGUGAGGAGUUGAAGAACCUGCCGCUGGUCAGCCAGGAUGAACAAGGUUCGAUCGAGGCGGCUGGAGUGAGCGGUGAGACGCAAGAUGUGGAGAUGGCCUCGCCGGAGCCGGCAGCGGCAGGCCUGCUCAACCUGACUGUCCGGACUAAGGACAAGAGCAGGGUCGAGCUCAGCGUCAAGCCCACCACUACCAUCCGCUCCAUCGUCAAAAACACCCUCAUCGAACUCGAUCAUCCCCUCCAGUCUCAGCCCCCGGACCCCAAGAAAUUCAAGAUCCACUUCGACGGGCAGGACCUUCCCUUCUCUUCUACUGUCGCUGAUCACGAUCUUGAAGAUGACGACGUAAUCGACUUGUCCUUCCUAUGA